CUUCUCCACCAACCCAUUUUUUAUAUUAUUUCUCCUUAAUCCAUGUCACCCUCCGCCUCUGCGCUUCAACACCGUUCACCAGAGAAAGAGAGUAAAUCGGAGAGUGUCUAAUAGACCCUCUCUCUCUCUCUCUCUUGGAUUCUACUCCAUGGCUUCUUCCGCAACUCUUCCAACCCUUCGCUUCUCUCUUAAACCUUCUACUGGCCCCUGUCUCUCUCCAUCGGAUACAUGCCAUCUGUUUCUCCGGUGCCGGAAUCCAACUGUGUCCUAUCCUAGGCCUUCAUUACUCUCCUCCGGUUUGUUGGGGAGUAAUCGGAUCGUGGAUCCUGUCUUGAAAUGUGAUCGAACUCGAUCCACGGUGUCGGCAACGGCAACUCCGGCUGAGGUAAUGGAGCAGUUGCCGCCUAAAACCGACUCUAAUGUUUCUACUAUUGUUGAUGUCAAUUUGGGGGAUCGAAGCUAUCCCAUAUAUAUUGGAACCGGACUUCUUGAUGAACCCGAUCUUCUUCAGCGACAUGUUCAUGGGAAGCGAGUUCUCGUGGUCACCAACACUACAAUUGCACCAUUGUACCUUGAUAAAGUUAUUAAUGCUUUGACUGCUGGAAACUCAAAAGUUUCUGUUGAAAGUGUGAUUUUACCAGAUGGUGAGAAGUAUAAGGACAUGGAUACUCUCAUGAAGAUCUUCGACAAGGCCAUUGAGUCGCGAUUGGAUCGACGCUGUACAUUUGUGGCCCUUGGAGGCGGUGUGAUUGGUGAUAUGUGUGGUUUUGCUGCUGCUGCUUUUUUACGUGGUGUAAACUUCAUUCAGAUUCCAACCACUGUAAUGGCCCAGGUAGAUUCCUCUGUGGGUGGCAAAACUGGAAUAAACCAUCGGCUGGGGAAGAACUUGAUUGGUGCUUUCUACCAGCCCCAGUGUGUGCUUGUAGAUAUUGACACGUUAAACACGUUACCUGAUAGGGAAUUAGCUUCAGGUCUUGCUGAAGUUGUUAAAUAUGGGCUUAUUAGGGAUGCAGAGUUUUUUGAAUGGCAAGAGAAGAAUAUGCAGGCCUUAUUAGCAAGGUAUCGGACUCACUGAUACUUGUCUGAUCUUCCAAAAUUUUCCAGGGAAAUAUCUUUUACUAAUUGUGGGAUAUGGAAUGCCUUUUGUGAUUUUAAGUCAGAUAUACUAGGCUUACUAGCAAUUUCCUAA